AUGAAGUCGGAAGAUAGUAUCGAUGAAGACACGAGCACAGCCCUGGGCUGUGAUCGACUCCGGUACCGCAACAAGAGGUACCAUCUUGCUGAACCGAUCAACAAACACGAGAAUGCCAGUAUUCUUGUGAGCGUCUUUUAG